GAGGUUGAAGAGCUGAGGUCGUCCAUGGAGCACAUGCGAAUGAUCAUCGAGAUCCAGGCGAGGAUCGACUCCUGCCUGGUCGGCGAGGACGGCGAGGACGGGCUACUGCUAUCCUCAGACCUCGCUGGGGACACGGGCAGGGAGCCAGACCCGUGGCUGGUAAAGCAGGCGAUCAGACUACUGCGCAUACGGCACCGGGUGCUGCGGGCUUGGGAGUUCGACGGAGACAACUUGGAAAAUAUCAAUGACGGUGACGAACAUGCCGGCGGCGAAACGACCGUCGGGUUCCCCCCUGGCAGAAGCGGUAUUGGUGGUGGCGAUGGCAGAAGCGGUAGUAGGAAACCUAGCGGAGGAGGCGGUGCUGGGGGCGGCGGCGACGAGGCCCGGCGACGACGUCGGCGGAGCCGAAUGCGGACGCGCGACGGUCGUGCAUUCGGAUUCGACAACGAUGAGUUCUUCGAGUACAGCAUGUACGACGACACGCCCGCGGCUGGGCCCGGGGCCAGGGGCGAUGGAGUCCCCGGCGAUGGUGGAGGCAGAGGGGAGAGUAAAAGCGGAAGAGACGGGGGGGAGUUUGAGGCCAGGCUAGAGAAGCAGCGACCGCCGAAGACAAACCAGGACGCGGCUGAUGCGGCUGGGGCGGGCGUAGUGGCGGCGUUGAUGGAGGGUCGGCGGCGUCUCAUCGUCGAGGUCGACGAUUCUCAGCUCAGAUAUAACUCCCCGGACUUCUGCCACGAAGCGAUGGCGGAGUUCGUGGAACUGCUCGUCCUGCCGCUCACCACCGCCCUAGAGAACCUCAAGGCGAGGCAAAACCGCUGCAAGAUCGUGAUCCAGGGUGCUCAUCACGCAUCGCAGGUCAAAGAGGCGAUGGUGCUGGACGCCCCCGCCUCUCUACAGGUGGUGUCCUUGAGCGACGCCAAGGUGGCCAAAAAAGACAGGGUUGUGGCGCUGGUGGCCCCGGAAAACUGGACGGGAAAGAAGGGGCGGCACCUCAAACGAGUCCUGGCCGAGGCUCACGAUGCGGCCAUCAUCCUCAUCAACCCGAUCGAUGCUGACAAGUUCCUCCAGGCAAGACCGGCAGAUUACAACACCUUCGAGCUAGUGUAUCACCUGAGCCCCAUGCGGGUCAACUACCUUCACUCGCUGCCGCCACCGCAGCACCCCUCGCUAGACCUCGACAGCGAAGCCGACAGGGGGACGGGGGCGGGGAGGGGGCAGCCCACCGGCGAAGCCCUCCUCUUGGAGCGCCUAGGAGAGUCCGUGUGGGCAGAGGAGGAAGCGCUCGCCGCCGAGGCACUUGCUGCCGCCGCCUCCGCCGCCGCCGCCGCCGCCGCCAGCAGCGUGUCGGGCCCGGUGGACGUCGUCGACGGCAGUAGUGGUGCCGGCGACAAAGCAGAUAGCACGGGGGUCGCCGGCGCCACCGGCGCUGAGUCGUCGUCGGAAAACGCCUCGGUCUUCGACGAAACUUCCGCGGUCGGCGCGGCGGCGGCGGCGGAGAUAGGGGUCCGAGCCGCGGAGAGGGCGCUGGCCCGUGCGGCGCUGAAGAUGGGCGCCUCCGCUGCCGCCGGCGGGGGAAGCGGCGGCGGUGGCGGCUCCGCGCGAGAUCAGCAGCUCGACUGGGGAGACCUGGACAUAGGGUACCGAGAUCGCAGUGAGUGGGACGAGAUGGAGGACGAGAGGCUGUCUGAUGAGGCCGCUGCGGCAGCCUUGGCGGCAUGGAGCGAGGAGGAGGAAGGCGAGGGAUCGUUGCGGGAAAAAGAGCUGCGCUGGGGGGAGGGGGAGGUAGGGGAGUGGGACGGGGAGGCGGACGAGGCCGCGGAGAUGGCGGCGCUGGCGGUUACCCUCCGGCAGUACCCCGAUGCGUGGGAGGCGUUUGUUGAUCUGCACGACGGAGUGGGGUUUAGGCUGUGUGGCACGUGGGACAGAGAACCUCCGCCGAGCGCGGUGAAGACAGUCGUCAUGGACCAUAUCCUACGCAUCAUCAUGGACUAAAUAGAAAGCAAUUGAAUGUGUAUAGAGGAGCGUAGGAUAGUGCUCCCGAGGCACCACUGUUGGAGGCAGGGAUAAUUUCGGCACAUGAUGUUGUGCAGUCAGGCGUAUUGCUCGAAUGUUUACCGAGCCAAUUUUGGCUCCGGGAGGUCUUCAAGAAAGACAUUCCCAAUUUGCUAGAAGCUCCGCAGAUGACAGCCCACGCCUUCAUGGUGGUGAGAUGUGUCGGUACAAUGUCUCCUUAUGUUUCUGCGCAUGCGGGGGAAGGGGUUGACAUGAUCGACAACUUUUUUAGAUAUUGCAGUUGUUCGCAGCCAACCCCGUGAGGGUGUUCAUGACUGGGUGCGGAGGUUUCGUACUUUUCUGUCGCGGGUAUUGGAAUGCUUGAGCACGUUGUUGUGUGGCCUCUCUUUGUAGUGAGUGCGGAGCUGAUCGUGUGGGGAACGGUAUUUUUUGUGGUAAGAAACCAGAGCAGGCCGGUAAGGCGGGCUAGCGGCUGCACUCCUAGUUUUCGUAUUCCCUCGUUGAUGUGAAUCAAUCACGCAAAAAUAUGUUGUGAAUGUGCAUGUUUUCGAGCUCUGUGCGAAUCUCAUCGCGUAUGGUUGCUGCAGUUGUGCCGUUUCAGCGUCAUAGUGUGUGCUUGUUUUCGCAGGUUAGAUCUUUCACAUAGAAAUACGUGAACACCCGCGACAGUGUUUGUGAGAGCUACAUUCAUGGGUCAGAUUCAGACCAGUGGGCCAGUGGAGAAACUCACAACAACGAAGUCAUGGAAGCAUUGUUUUCAUUCAAUACGUGUAACGUACCCAGAGCCGGCUGCGGUUAUGCUACGUGCGACGCAUCGGCCAACAGUGUUUGAACUUAGUCUACAUGAAGCGUGUAUCGUAGAGGAGGCCUAUGCAUACAACACACAUACAUACCUCUCCGGUAUGAUGCCGCACCCGACGUCUUCUUCACGGUAGUUGAGAAGGUAGACACGUGGAGACUAGAAGGUAGACACGUGGAGACUUGAAUGACGGCAUUUCAGACUGAAGACUCACCCCAAAUAGGUGACUGCGUUUGUGUCACUCGCGUGUACUACAAUACUACAGCGGUACUGCUUGCUGCUGCACCAAUUCACAUGCACGGCAAGUGCGUGCAGACGUUGUCACCAGUCGCAAUUGAUACAUAUACGUUGUCACACCCCGAAAUAAUACACCGCAGUGCGAUGGAAAAGAGAUGGAAAAAGCAAGCGAGGAAGAGCAGCGACGCUGAGAGACACAAACGUUUCGUCGACCCUCACCGCACACCGCACCAAACCUCCCGAACAGGCACUUUCGAACCUCUUUCUUUUUUUGAUAAUUUGAUCCGGCAUCCGGCGGGCAGAUCCGGCCCAAUACAGACCUUGAAGCGCCGUUCCUAAGCUUGGUCUGUGCGUGGCCGGAUUGAAGCAACUGGAUUGAAGCACCAUCCCCAUAGCACACAAAAAGCCGAACAGCGGCAGCUAGAGCGUGUAGAGCUCAUGCCUCAUCAUCUUCUGUAGAGAGAUAUCAUAAGAGGGAGCGGUGGGUUGUGCGUCGCAAGGGGGCGACGAGCGGAGAGGUCGAUUGCUGUGAAGAUGUCGAGCAACGAGGCAAACAACACGACGAACAGCCUGGACCGCGUCUUGGGCACCUUGGUUGGACUAGCCUGUGGCGACGCUGUGGGUACGACCUCCGAGUUUCAGCGGAGAGGGAGGUUUCCAGAGGUCUGCGGGAUGGUGGGUGGCGGGGUUUUUCGACUGAAGCCAGGACAGUGGACGGACGACACCUCCAUGGCACUGGCCUGUGCAUGGCGCAAUCGCUCAUCGAACGAUUGGGACAUGAUCCUCGAGACUAGCUCGAGAGAUACCUCGGGUGGCACGAGAAGGGGA